AUGGGGAGCGUCGGUAUCGUCGCCUGGUGGUUUUUCAAGAAACUGCGGCGCUGGUGGAACAAUGGCUAUGAGAUUCUCACCGAUGAGACGCUCCGUCCAGCACUGAUUCUCCCCAACAAUGCCAGGGCCAUGGAAGGUGACAAAGUUGAGUACCUCACUACCGAUGGGGAUUCCCGGCUGUUUCUCACAUUGAUUGAAUUGGUUCCAGGAACAGCAGAGGACUUUAUCCCCAUGCAGAUCAAGCUUAUCGGUCCAGAUUCCUGUGGUGGAGGGGUGCUCGUUCUCGAGACAAUCGCCGAGGACGUGGGUCACCAGGACUCCUGCGUGGACGACACCGGAACGCAGGCAGCCAAGGUAGGGAUUGCCGAAGCCGGAUCUGUCGAGCGCUACGCAAGCUCUGCGAGCGAUGAUCCGGAACACGCCGUGGCAGUCAUCGACCACGCUUGGAUUGCUGCGGACAGAACGGCCGAUGAUGCGUCUCAACUUGGUGCAUGCGCCACCGAUCAAAGCCUGCUCCAUGAGCUAGUGUGCAAUGUCAAGCAUCACUUGCUAGAAGUUGCUUUGGCUUUAAUGGGGAGCGUCGGUAUCGUCGCCUGGUGGUUUUUCAAGAAACUGCGGCGCUGGUGGAACAAUGGCUAUGAGAUUCUCACCGAUGAGACGCUCCGUCCAGCGCUGAUUCUCCCCAACAAUGCCAGGGCCAUGGAAGGUGACAAAGUUGAGUACCUCACUACCGAUGGGGACUUUAUCCCCAUGCAGAUCAAGCUUAUCGGUCCAGAUUCCUGUGGUGGAGGGGUGCUCGUUCUCGAGACAAUCGCCGAGGACGUGGGUCACCAGGACUCCUGCGUGGACGACACCGGAACGCAGGCAGGCAAGGUGGGCACGUUUUACCGCACCUUGGAGCAUGUCAGCACACAGCAAGAGGUACUCGGAUCACGGAUGGGCAGGAUUGCCGAAGCCGGAUCUGUCGAGCGCCUCGCCAGCUCUGCGAGCGAUCCGGAACGCGGCGUGGGAGUCAUCGACCACGCUUGGAUUGCCGCGGACAGAACGGCGCCGGGAGUGUCAACUGACCCACGAUCACUGAGAAGCUCAAUCCGAAGCGCCGGCAGCAAAGCAAGCAAGAAGUAG